AUGUCUGGCUCUAGUCUGUCCACGCUGCUCAAGGACCUGAAGCAGGUCGGCAGCGAUGCUGGCCCGGAUUUCGACAAGGCGGCCGCCGUGGCCAUCAGUUACACCAUGCACUGUGGCAUGGGCAGCGGCCACAAGACGCCGCAGUCCACACAGUACGUGCUCGCCAGCUUGCAGGUAUCCCUGUUUGAGCCGCAGGGAUGGGGUGCACGGGUUAUGGGGCAGCUGCUGACGACUCAGGAGAUCUCGAGGGAGGCUCAAGAGGCAGACCUGGGCACCUUCCCGGACCAGCAGGUGCAGUUUGCCACGCUGCAGGACGCAGCCGGGCAUGAAAACCCAUGCAUCAGCAACCCCGAGUGGCACAACGCCACAGCUCGGAUGCUGCUAGAGCAUGUGCCUGGGCCCUCAUCUCACGCGCCUCUCGCCACAGCUCUCACUGCGCAGCAGGCAUACGCAGUGGCCUGGGGCGGUGCGAGCUCCACUGGUGGACUGGCGGUCACAACCACGGCCGUACCCUCCACUCCGGCGGCGGUGAGCCUGGGCGCGGGAGCAGCUGCCCCACCGCCCGCAGCCGCGGCGGGGCCUGCGAACCCUGGCAUCAAGGUGAGCUUCUCGCCCCAGGGCCAAGCCACCGUCAGCGUUGGGCAGCCGGUGCAGCUCUCGCCGCAGGAGGCGCUCAUGGUGACGCUUGCGCAGCAGCUGCAGCAGCGCAGUGCGCAGCCAGCGCCGGCGCAGCUGCGCCGCAACCAGCUGGGGCAACCACUGACCCCGGCAGCGGCUGUAGUGCGCAAGGUGUUCACGCUGCUGCAGGCACUGCUGAACCCUGACCCCCACCGCGCUGUGAGGGAGUUCCUGGGCAUCAAGCAGCAGCCCGAGGAGCUGACCGCCGCUUACAUCCAGCGUGCGAUCCGCUUCUCGCCCAGCAUCCUUGCCACGCACUCCCCGAGCAGGGUGGUGCGGAUCGUCGGCUUCCUCGAGGGCGAGCUCAAGCAGCGCCUGCUCGAGCGCACGCUGCAGCGCCCCACGCGCGACCACGCGCUGCUGCAGCUCCUCGCUGAUGCCGCCGAUCUGGAGGGGCAGCUGCUGGACGCGCGCCGCACUGCGGCCGAGCUGCAGGCCGAGGGGCUCGCUGCAGGUGGGUCGGGUGCCGCUGCCGGUGCGGGUGCAGGCGGUAGCACGGCAGGGGGCCAAGCAGCUGCGCUGACGCUCAAAGAGGCACGGCGUAUGGUGCUGCGGGACAAUACGCUGCGGCUGGGGGCUGCGCAUGCUGAUGCGCUGUGCACGCGCCACCCCAAUGGGGACCACAGCAACGGCAACUGCAAGAUACGGCAGCAGCAGUUCAUACCCCAGCAGCAGCAGCAGCAGCAGCUCAAUGUCGCGGCAGGUUUACUGGCCCAUGGCCAAGCUGCGGCCGGUGAUGGCCAGGCGCAAAUGGUGCAGCAGCUUGCUGCCGCCAUCCUCAACGCCAUGCCGGCGCAGUACGUGGCGCCAACCCCACCCGCUUACGCUCAAGCUGGCUGCAGCAUCUGCCACCAGCCGCGCGGCCACUCUGCAGGCCAGGCCUGCUACUUCGCUGCGCCGCAGGACAUCGCCUGGAGCCCGUCGCUUGGGCGCGUGCGGCGUGCCGGCGCCGCGGCGGAGAGGCGCUUCCUGGACGCCCGCCAGGCCAAGGGCUGGCCGCGCUACCCCGAAGGGUACGAGCCGGUGUUUGAGCACAGGCCGGGGGCUGGGGGGGGCGCCGCCCAGCCGGCGCCUGCGGUCAAUGCGGCAGCGCUGUUCCUGGCAGAGCCGUUCGAUGAGGAUGCCGUCUCCCAGCUGCUGCAGCGGCACGCUGCUGUGCCCGUACGCGCCUCGCCCUUCUUCGCUGACCCGGAUGAGUGGGCGCCCGUAUCCUCGAGUGCCUCCUCCUCCUCCUCUGGCAGCGGCCUGCCGUCGCUGGGCGACCCUCCACUGUCCUCGCCGCGCCUCACGGCCAGCUCCAACAGCAGCAUGCCUGAGCUGGAGGUCGAGUCCCAGGACGAGUUGGAGGUUGCAGCGCAGCAGCUGCCGCGCAGCUUUGGGCUGCUGGACAUGGAGGACGACGGCCUUCCCGUCGGCGCUGCUACAAAGGAGGUCUCCACGGCACCUUCAUCGCCGGCGUCGGGCUCGACCCGAGCGGCGCGUGACCCGGCGGCGGAGGGCUCUGCCCCCGCGGCGGCCGGGCACGAGGCGGCGGCGGACUCUGUCCCCGCGGCGGCCACAGAUCAGGCGGCGGAGGGUGACACCUCUGCGGCGGCCAUGGCUCCAGCUACGGCUGAGCAGGAGGCGGCGGGGGCUUCGUCCCCCGUGGCGGCCGUUCCUGAUGUGCUGGCGGCGGGCGCGCCCGAGCCGCCAGCAGGGGGGGUGUGUGCAGGUGACGCCGCCGGCUCUGCUGUGCCAAGCCCGCUUGAGUCUGCAGCGGUCAACGCGCGCAUGCUGAUAAGGCUGGCUAAGGCCAGGGGCGCCGCGGCACUGGUUGCCAAACCGCUCACCCUGCCGCUGGCCGAGCAGAGCGAGCCCGCCUUCGCAGGCAAACGCUUCCUGCUGUGCCUGCCCGAGGCGCAGGAGCAUGAUCCGCAGGUGGCCGCUGCUGCAAGCGGCGGCGCUACCACGGUGGGCGGGGGGCCGGCCGCGAGCUUCUUUGCGGACGACGCAAGCUUUGCGCCGCAGGACUUCCUGCGGGGGCCGGACGCCUCCCUGUGCCUGCCAAGCGGGCAGCUGGUGAGCAUACCCUGGACUCUGGUGGACAGUGGCAGCGAGGUGUCGCUGCUGGACCAUGGGUUUUGCGACAGCCAUGGGAUCAGCUAUGAGGACCCGGUGGGGCUCAGCAUGCGCACUGCUGAUACCUCGCUGGGGCAGCUGGUGGGGGUUACGGAACGGCUGGUUCUGACACUGGCCCCAGGCACUGCGCAGGAGGCUACCAUGACGCUGCGCUGCCUGGUGGUCAAGGUGCAGGGCAUGGCAUAUUCGGCGCUGAUGGGCAAGGGCCCGCUGCGCAUGCUGGGUGCUUACACUGACCCGCGGGCUGACCUGCUGUGCUACACUGCCGCUAACGGCACGCGCGCAGCGCUGCCCCUUUCCCAGCGUCGCACCCUACGCAGCGCAGCGCUGUCACGCAUGUUCUGUGCUGCAGAGGUCAGCCUGGAGGCUCCAGAGCAGCUGGCGGUGGACCCAGUAAGUUACCCGCUGCUGGACUGCCCGGAGGACCUGUCUGACUGCAGCUCGGUUGCCGACGGGCCUGCCGGGGGCAGCAGGCAGUGGGACGAGCUCUGGUUUGGUGAGAAGGUCUCGCUCGACGCAUUUGGGCAGGGCAAGCCGCCCUCCAUCGGAUGCUUCCUGGGCCGCGCAGCCCUCGCUGCUCACUGGCAGAAGGCCACGCCCGCAGCGCGCGCUGCCAUGCUCCCGCGUCUGCUCACAAAGGCGCGGCAGAUGCAGGCCGAGGCGGCUGCCAAUGACUGGAGUAAGAGGCCGUACAUUCUCAUCAACCCGGCGCCAAAGGUGGGGGUUUGCCGGCCGGUGAUCUCUGGCGGCUGGGCCACCAAUGUGGCCCUGGAUGAGCUUGAGGAUGUGCGCGCACGCACUGAGCGCAUGGCGCGGCGUAUGGCGAAGGAGCGCGAGGCCGCUGGGGGCACGCCCCUGGACCCUGGCCAGGUGCUUUUUCGCAGCUGCCACUGA